UUCAUCAUUAUAAUAUAUAAUAUUCUUUUGCCAGUUUCUGUUAUGUUUUGGAAGAUUUUCCCAAAACAUACCUGAAUUGGCUUUUAUAUUUUGAUCUCUUUGGUACAUAAAAGCGUUCAAAACCAAAACUUUGAAGGCAAUUCAUCAUUGGCGUCACUGCGAUUGCAAUUUCUGAAAAUGGGGCUUGGACAAUUGAGAGCAGCUCUUUAAUGAUGCACGCGAAAGAAUCAGGAUCUAGAUAUACAAUUUGGCGGCUAAGUUCUUGGUUCAUAUAGUGCUGACCUACCUCUAAAAGGAAAGAAUUGAAGAAGAAAUCGAUAAUUGGUUAUAGACAUGACAAAUAUAGCGGGGAUGGAAUGCAACAAGGACGAGGCUCUCAGGGCUAAAGAAAUCGCGGAGAAGAAGUUUAUGGAGAAGGACAUUUCUGGGGCAAAAAGAUAUGCUCUGAAGGCCCAACGCUUAUUUUCUGCGCUUGACGGUCUUCCUCAGUUUCUGGCUACACUUGAUGUAUACAUCUCUGCUGAGAAAAGAAUACAUGGGGAAAUCGAUUGGUAUGGAGUCCUUGGGGUGGACCCAUCGGCCAAUGAUGAUACAAUCCGGAAACAUUAUAGAAGGUUGGCUCUUAUUCUUCAUCCUGAUAAAAACAAAUCAGUUGGUGCAGAUGGGGCCUUUAAAAUACUAUCUGAAGCCUGGACUUUUUUGUCAGACAAAGCCAAGAAAAUUGACUACGACCAGAAGUGGAAGUUUAGUGGCGUAUAUGGGAAAGUUCCAGAUGCGAAAUCUUCAGUGCCAACUGGUCAGAAUGGUUUCCAUAACUUCUCCAACGGUAAUAAUUUCAACACAAAAUAUCAGAAGAGUGCUACUCAUCCCCAUCCUGCUAGGGCUACUCAUCCCCAUUCUGCUGGGGCUACUCAUCCAUUUCCUGCUGGGACUCCUCAUCUAUUGAACCCCACAUUUUGGACUCUCUGCAGUUCUUGCAAGGUUCAGUUUGAGUACCUUAGAAAAUAUCUCAACUGCAAUCUUGUUUGCUCCAACUGCCGUCAGCCAUUUAUGGCUUUAGAGAUUGUACCACCUCCACUUAAUGGCAAUGUUCCUGCCACUCCGUGGAAUUCUUUCAUGCAGCCACAGAAUUUUGGUCCACAAACAGUCAAGAAUCAAUAUGCUCCAGGAAAGAUACCAACUUCUGCUACAAAUGAUGAGCGAGCAAGAUUUUCUGCUUAUCUCCCAUCACAGAAAAAUUUCCAUUCAGAUGCAUUCCUUAAAACGGGUGGUGUUGCAAGUGUGCCCGUGCCAGCUUCCUCUGCUACUCAAGUCACUGGUGUUUUUCAGCCAGCAUCAGAGCAUUUGAAGAGAGGGCAUGAAGAUGCAGCAGCAGCUGUCGUGAGGGAGGAGGCUUAUUGGGCAAAAACUCAUGCUACUACCAAACCAGGGGUUGGUUUAGCAGCUGGGUUGUCUAAUGCUGGUUGCAGUAUGGCACAGAAAGGAGACAGGCCUAAGAAAAGAAGUAGGAUGGAUAAUAAGGGGGGACAUAUGGCAAAUCAAAUGACAACGGAAAGAAGAGUUGGCAUGGAGAGUGCAUCUGGAUCUCAGAAAGUUAGUUUUGAAGCAGGAAGGAUGAAUGCUUCAGGAAACUAUAGAACUAAUUCUACAAGGGAGCUUUCAAACAUGGAAACGCGAAAUAUGUUGAUGGAGAAGGCUAAGAAAGAGAUUAAGAAGAAGCUUAGCGAGUGGAGCAUGGCUUCUGUAUUAAAGACUUCACACAAGUUAAGGACUUUGGAAAAAAAGGAGGUUGAGGAGAAGAACACUGCUGUAAAUGGGCUAAAAGUGGAGAAAUGUAGAGAAUUCAUGCAUACCAAAAACACCAUUAACACUGAGAAAUCUUCGCAUGCCAGUUCUAGCGUGAAUUCCGAUACAGGUGGUGCUGAUCCAAUGUCAAUGAGUGUCCCAGAUCCAGAUUUUCAUGACUUUGACAAGGAUCGUACAGAAAAGUCAUUUGGUGAUAACCAGGUUUGGGCUGCUUAUGAUGAUGAUGAUGGGAUGCCCCGUUUUUAUGCUAUGAUUCAUAGUGUGAUAUCCAGGAGACCAUUCAAAAUGCGGAUUAGUUGGCUUAAUUCGAAAUGCAAUGAUGAAUUGGCCCCUCUGAACUGGAUUGGUUCUGGCUUUUACAAGACUAGUGGGGAUUUCCGGAUUGGCAAGUAUGAAGUCAAUGACUCUCUUAAUUCUUUCUCACAUAAGGUCAAGUGGACAAAGGGCACAAGGGGUGCCAUUCAAAUAUAUCCUAUGAAGGGAGAUGUUUGGGCUCUCUAUAGGAACUGGUCCCCUGAUUGGAAUGAGCUUACCCCUGAUGAAGUGAUACACAAAUACAACAUGGUGGAAGUGCUUGAAGAUUACAAUGAAGAGCAGGGUGUGACUGUUGCUCCACUUGUUAAAGUUGCUGGAUUCAAAACAGUGUUUUGCCAUAAUUUGGAUAAAACCAGGACAAUUCCAAGAGCAGAGAUGUUUCGGUUCUCACACCAGGUCCCUUCUUACUUUCUUACAGGUCAAGAGGCUCAUAAUGCCCCCAAAGGUUGCUGGGAGCUUGAUCCUGCAGCUACACCUUUGGAACUUCUUCAGGUAGUGACUGAUGCUCAGGUGGAAGAAUUGGCAGAUACUGUUGAAAAUAAUAGGCGAGAAGAUCCCUUAGGGUGCACGAAAAACUGCAAGGAAGAAGAGCUGGUGGAGAAUAGCAAAGCAAAUGAGGGAAAAGGUCUGGAAGAAGAUAUUGGAAGAAAGGAUGUGGCAGAGGUGAUGAUGAAGAAGGGAAAGGAAAUCAAGGAAGAAAAGAUACUGGUAUAUAAUAGGAGACGGUUGAGGGAAGGGAAAAUGGUGGAAAGUGCCAAUUAAAUGUCAAAAUCCUGGAACUGACCUAUAUAGAAGAUUAUUUUGCAGUCAUACUCUAAUGGUCAAGAAAAUGGUGGAAUGAGUUUUGAAACCUAGAAGCUUAGGCUCACCAUUCCAACCUAAAUUAAUGUUUGAUUAGAAGUCUUCUUUUCAUUUUCCCCAUUUUCUUGGCAAUUGAACACAACACUAAUGGUGAGUCACUAUACUGGUAAUGAUACAGGCUUUGAUUUUCUUUGAUGUAUAUUGGUGGAACUACAGUUUUGUUUGAAGUUUUAGAAGAAUGCCCUCUAGAUUGCUGUACCCGUGACAUGAAGGCGGUUUUGAACUUUGAAGGCCAGAUUACAUGACUUGCAUUUUUGCUGGGAAGUGGCCUAUAGGCUAAGCUCUUUAUUUGCUGCAAGAGCUGUUUUUUACAUUUUCAGUUUAAUUCCCUCCAAAAUCACAAUUUUUUUUUGCAGCUGGUCAAAUUUGUGUACCAUGAGCUGCAUAUAUCUUGAUACAGUUCAUAAUGCCUUGCAAUGGCCUGUUUUUUGUCAUUAUAUCAAAUGUGAAUGAAGUUCCAUCA